AUGAAUUCAACCAGUCAAAAUCAUGCUCCAACUGCAUGUAGUCAAGAUGUGGGAGGUUCGGGUUCUAAUCAACAAAAUAAUGAUUCUGUGGAUCAACAAGAUGGAACAAAUAUUAUUGAUACAGUUUUUGAUGAAGAUGGAGAUGAAGUUGUUGGUUCGAAAAGGGCAACACGUUCACCGACAUGGCAACAUUUUAUAAAAUUUAAAUUGAAUGAUGAAGUAAAAGCAAGAUCAACUUGUUCUGAAGAGACCGAGGCAUAUUGUCCUUCUGUUGAAUUUGAUUAUGAUGUGGAAGAGGAAAACACUAAAGAAAGCGGGACAACAAGUUUGGAUGAUUUUGCUUGAUUUUGAGUUUGUAACUUUGUUUUAAUGUUAAUUGGUAAUGUAUUAUUGUGAUGAAUUAGUUUUUCAUGUUGUGUACUUGGAUGUUUUGGUUGGUUGGUUGAUGUUACAAUAUUAGACUAUUAGUAAUUUCUAUUUGGUUAAAU